UCCCGGAAGGAGGCCGGGCCAGGGUCACGGUCAAGGCUGUAGCCAGCUCCGCUGCCCGGGCUCCCAAAGAAGAAGUGGGCCUCCACGCUGCUCCCUCGGCCUCAGCCAUGGACCGCAAAGUGGCCCGAGAAUUCCGGCACAAGGUGGAUUUUCUAAUUGAAAAUGAUGCAGAGAAGGACUAUCUCUAUGAUGUGUUACGGAUGUACCACCAGACCAUGGAUGUCACAGUGCUUGUGGGGGAUCUAAAGCUGGUCAUCAAUGAGCCCAGCCGCCUGCCAUUGUUUGAUGCCAUCCGACCCCUGAUUCCACUGAAGCACCAGGUGGAAUAUGACCAGCUGACCCCUCGGCGCUCCAGGAAGUUAAAGGAGGUCCGUCUGGAUCGACUGCACCCCGAAGGCCUUGGCCUCAGUGUGCGUGGCGGCCUUGAGUUUGGCUGUGGGCUCUUCAUCUCCCACCUCAUCAAAGGCGGCCAAGCAGACAGCGUUGGACUCCAGGUAGGGGAUGAAAUCGUCCGGAUCAAUGGCUAUUCCAUCUCCUCCUGCACACACGAGGAGGUCAUCAACCUCAUACGCACCAAGAAGACUGUGUCCAUCAAAGUGAGACACAUUGGACUGAUACCCGUGAAGAGCUCUCCUGAUGAGCCCCUCAAAUGGCAGUAUGUGGAUCAGUUUGUGUCAGAAACUGGGGGGGGACGUGGCAGUCUAGGCUCCCCUGGGAGUCGAACAAGUAAAGAGAAGAAGGUCUUCAUCAGCCUGGUGGGCUCCCGAGGCCUUGGCUGUAGCAUUUCCAGUGGCCCCAUCCAGAAGCCUGGCAUCUUCAUCAGCCAUGUGAAGCCCGGAUCUUUGUCUGCAGAGGUGGGGUUGGAGACAGGGGACCAGAUUGUCGAAGUCAAUGGCAUCGACUUCUCCAACCUGGACCACAAGGAGGCUGUGAAUGUGCUGAAGAGUAGCCGCAGCCUGACCAUCUCCAUUGUAGCUGGUGCUGGCAGGGAGCUGUUCAUGACAGAUCGGGAGCGGUUGGAGGAGGUGCGGCAGAGGGAGCUGCAGCGGCAGGAGCUCCUGAUGCAGAAGCGGCUGGCCAUGGAGUCCAACAAGAUUCUCCAAGAGCAGCAAGAGAUGGAGCGGCAAAGGAGAAAGGAAAUCGCCCAGAAGGCAGCUGAGGAAAAUGAGAGAUACCGGAAGGAGAUGGAACAGAUUGUCGAGGAGGAAGAAAAGUUUAAGAAACAGUGGGAAGAAGACUGGGGCUCAAAGGAACCACUCAUCUUGCCUAAAACCAUCACUGCUGAGGUGCACCCAGUACCCCUUCGCAAGCCAAAGUCCUUUGGGUGGUUUUACCGUUAUGAUGGCAAAUUUCCAACCAUCCGGAAGAAAGGAAAAGAGAAGAAGAAAGCCAAGUAUGACAGCCUGCAGGAGUUGAGAAAGAAUAAAAAGGAACUGGAGUUUGAACAAAAGCUUUACAAAGAGAAAGAGGAAAUGCUGGAGAAGGAAAAGCAACUAAAGAUCAACCGGCUGGCCCAGGAGGUGUCUGAGACUGAGCGAGAAGACCUUGAAGAGUCGGAAAAGAUUCAGUACUGGGUGGAAAGGCUCUGUCAGACGCGCCUCGAGCAGAUUUCCUCUGCCGAUAAUGAGAUUUCAGAGAUGACCACAGGCCCCCCGCCUCCCCCGCCUUCUGUAUCUCCUCUGGCCUCACCCUUGAGACGCUUUGCAGGUGGACUACACCUCCAUACCACUGACCUGGAUGACAUCCCUUUGGACAUGUUCUACUACCCCCCCAAGACUUCCUCUGCCUUGCCUGUGAUGCCCCAUCCCCCACCUUCCAACCCACCUUCCAAGGUCCCCGCACCCCCUGUGCUUCCAUCAUCGGGCCACACAAGCACCUCAUCCUCACCCUGGGUGCAGCGUACCCCACCCCCCAUUCCCAUCCCUCCCCCUCCAUCCAUUCCCACCCAAGACCUCACUCCUACCCGCCCACUACCCUUGGCUCUAGAAGAGGCACUGGGCAGCCACUCUUUACGCAUUGGGGACCCAAGCAAUGCAGUGGAGGAGUGGGAGGCAAAGACUCAAAGUGGGAAACCCUCCAACUCCCCUACCCCUGAGCGGAGCUUCCCACCCACCUCAAAGACAUUUUGCCCAAGCCCACAGCCUCCAAGAGGCCCUGGUGUGUCCACCAUCUCCAAGCCUGUCAUGGUGCACCAGGAGUCCAACUUUAUCUACAGGCCAGCUGUGAAGUCUGAGGUCCUGCCUCAGGAGAUGUUGAAGAGGAUGGUGGUUUAUCAGACAACAUUCAGACAAGAUUUCCGGAAGUAUGAGGAAGGCUUUGACCCCUACUCCAUGUUCUCCCCAGAGCAGAUCAUAGGGAAGGACGUCCGGCUUCUACGCAUCAAGAAGGAGGGAUCUUUAGACCUAGCCCUGGAAGGUGGUGUGGACUCCCCCAUUGGAAAGGUGGUCGUCUCUGCUGUUUACGAAGGGGGUGCUGCUGAGCGACAUGGUGGCAUUGUGAAAGGAGAUGAGAUCAUGGCCAUCAAUGGCAAGAUUGUGACAGAUUACACCUUGGCAGAAGCCGAGGCUGCCCUGCAGAAGGCCUGGAAUAAGGGUGGGGACUGGAUCGACCUUGUGGUUGCAGUCUGCCCCCCCAAGGAGUACGACGAUGAGCUCUCUUCUCUUCCCUCUUCUGCAGCCGAAAGUCCCCAGCCGGUCCGAAAGCUCCUUGAAGACCGUGCUCUCGUGUACAGACACGGGUUUCUCCUGCAGCUGGAGCCCACGGUGAAUAGGCAGGCGGCCGCAGGGCUCUGUCUGCCCGUGCUGCUGCAUGCAGUGGCCAUUGCUGCCAGUGCUGAUGCAGGUUCUUUGGACUGGUGUUUGGAGGAAGACACAAGGCACCCUGAAACGCCUCCUGAGACAUACUGCCAGCCCCUCUGAAAUGCUGUGGGACUCAAGGGAAUAUGUAGAGCCCAAGUUAGGAGCUCUGGAUGGGGACCCAGGGGUUCUGACACUUCAUAGCCCUUGGGACCCACCUUGGGUCACACACAGCCCCCAAAUGAGCAGUGUGACUCUGAGCACAGUUCUCUGUAGGUACUGAGAGUACCAAGAGCUAAGCCACAGGAAAUCCAGCCCGAUCCUCCUCCAGAGAUGCCAGCCUUUCCCAUAAGUGCUGCCCAGGUGUGGGCACAACCAGGGCCAUGCACAGGUCCUGAAGGCUAGUCCAAAGAACCAGGGUUGGUGGAUUCCAUUGGCUCCUGUCCUGUUUGUGCCCUGUCAUGACUUGAUACUUGCUCAGCCCACACUAUCUUCUGCCUUCUCCUUCCCUGGAUCCAUGCUCUCUGUCUGUGGGACUCACUGUGGACACCAGCUUUGGUGGGUUGUCCACCUUGUGCCCCGUGGCUGUGAAACUGGGAUUGGAUGUGGCAGCUGACAGCCUCUGUGGCUGACCCCAUCUUGGACUUUGUAGGCUUCUCUGUUGCAAUCUUCCCAAAACAUUAGGGCCUCAUGUCCCCAAGAUAGUGAGCCUGCUGUGUCAUGGCUUCUGGGGUAACCUAAAUGGCCCUGUUUUUUUGAUCACUUGUUCUUGGCAAGGGACCCUUCCCCCCUCCCUCUUCUUCUUGGUCAUCUGCAUCUCCAUCCCAGAUAUCCCUUCUGCUUUCUCCCUGGUCUCUUGUGUGCUGUGGCUGUGGCUGGUGUGGAGUCUCUCAGGGCCACACCAUGAGGGGACCCUGGAGGUUAGCAGGACUUUGUGCCGCCAGUGUGGGUGUCCCAGCAGUGGGACCUCACCCUAGGCUAAGCAUCACCCACAAGGUCUGCACCCAUCUGGUCUGUUUUCUC